AUGGGUGCAGCCCUCCACCGUAUCGUAUCUUCUCUGCAGAGAAGUGGGACACUGAUCAACUCUUUAAUCGCUGCUUUGACUAUUGGUGGGCAACAGCUAUUUUCCUCUUUCACAUUCAGAUGUCCCUGUCAGGUUGGGAAAAAUUUCUAUUAUGGUUCUGCUUUCCUCGUCAUCCCUGCCUUGAUCCUUCUGGUUGCUGGCUAUGCUCUGAGAAGCCAAAUGUGGGCAAUUUCCAACGAAUACUGCUGCAGAUGUGCCCCUCCACACCGGAGAAUCAGCCGCCUGGAGCGCAAGCUGGUUUGCCUUAGGUUCUGCAGCAUCACCGGGAGGGCACUCAUCGCUCCACUGACGUGGCUGGUGACGACCCUGAUGACAGGCACGUACUACGAAUGUGCGGCAAGUGAAUUUGUAUCAGUGGACCAUUACCCAGUGUUUGACAACAUCAAUGCCAGCAAACGGGAAGAGAUCUUAGCUGGGUUUCCAUGUUGCAAAUCAGCUCCAUCUGACAUGAACCUGGUAAGAGAUGAGGUAGCUCUUCUGCACAGAUACCAGUCACAGAUGCUGGGCUGGAUUCUGAUCGCCUUGGCAAGCAUCGCUGCCCUGGUCUCCUGCUGCGCGGUCAGGUGCUGCUCGCCCCUCACCUCUCUGCAGCACUGCUACUGGACCAACCACCUGCACCACGAGAGGGAGCUCUUUGAACAAGCUGCAGAGCAGCACUCACGCCUCCUCAUCCAGCAGCGCCUAAAGAAACUAUUUGGCUUUGUUCCUGGAUGUGAAGAUGUCAAGCACGUACGUAUUCCUUCGUGUCAGGACUGGAAAGAUAUGUCAGCACCCAUUCUUCGCUGCUUGGGUGAUGACUUGCAAGGUCGCUAUAGCUUCCUUGGGGACCAGGAACAUGAAGAUGAGGUUAAUGAAGAAGGCAAAUCAAGAGGUAUUGAAUUAAAACCUUGAUUAUAGCACCUUUUGCCAGUCAGGUUGCUUGACACCUACUCUGUUCCAAUAAUGAAGUUUCAAUGUAAUUUCUUCAUCUUUUUCUCUGUCUUCUAAUAUUUGUUGACAUAAGUCCAUUCAAAACGCUAUAUCCAAAAUCAGUUUGUCUGACACUUGUGCCAAUCUCCCUUUUUGAAAUUUCACUGAUGGUCUGGUAAUGCCUAUAUUGGUCUUACUAAAAUAAUACGGAAUUGGGAGUCCUACCAACAUUUAAAUCUUGGUUCUGUUACUUAAUA